UUCCCGUUCCCUCCCUUCACUGCAAGCCCAAGUUUGCCGCUUCUAUUUCCCAGUUCGUUUCUUGACACUCUCUCUAUAUUCACGGUCCAACCCUAGCUCAGAUGAGCCGCCGCCGUCACCCGCCGUCGCUAGCGCCGGCGGCCCCACUGGACGACGAGGACCUCCUCCGCCUCCAUCAGCAGCCAUCCUCCCUCGCCCGCGCCUCCUCGGUCUGCACGCGCUGGCGCGGCAUCCUCUCCGACCCCCAAUUCCUCAAACGCUUCCGCAAACACCAUGGAAAACCUCUGCUCCUCGGCUUCUUCGCGGGGCCUGUUUUCAGAGACCACGUCUUCACUCCCGUCCCGGACUCGCCCGACCGCAUCCUUGUCGCACGCUUCUCCAUGACCAUGCCACAGAGCCACAACCCCUUCGACCGCUGGGACUUGGUCGGCUGCCGCCACGGCCUCGCCGUCCUGAUCAACAAGUGCCGGAAGGAGGUUGUCGUAUCGGAUCCCCUAACCGGCCGGCAGCAGUGCGUGCGUUUUCCACCGGGGCUCUGCGACGCCCUAUGGGGGAUUUUUUGUGACUGGCACGGAGCGGUGCUGUGCGCUGACGGCGAAGAUGGGCAUGUGCAUGGCGAUUGCCUAUCGAGCCCGUUCAAAUUGAUCUUGAUACGCAACGAAGACAUGCGGACAUUCGGCUCUCUCUACGACUCGGUGUCUCGUGUUUGGGGAAAUAUUUUCUCGGCGACUACAAAUAGUAUUUGUAGUAUAAGGUCCAGCAUUCUUGCCGGGAAUGCACUUUGCUGGUUGAUUUCGGGAGGUGCUGUCCUUGUGUUUGAUUUGGAAAUGCAGAACCUUAGCGUGAUCGAGAAGCCAGCAGAAAACCAUGUUAUCACUAGCUGGUGUUUGCAGCUAGUAUGGAUGGAGGAUGGCGGACUUGGCCUCGCUGUUUUGUCGGAGCUGACUGUCCAAUUAUGGGUGAGGAAAUCUAACCAUGAUGGUUUUGUCGGAUGGGUGUUGCUGCAGAAAACCAUUCCACUGGAGGGGAUGUUUAAACGGAGAAUGUGUAGUGACCGCACUCUUUGUGGGGUAUGAUGAGGACACAAAUGUGAUUGUUCUGACUACCAUGAUUGGCAACUUCAUGCUCCAACUUGACUCGAUGCAGCUCAAACAUAUUGUUGAAAGAAACAACAUAUGUUUCGACACCUUUUGGCCCUGUUUGGUUCGGCUAUGGAUUUCUAAAAGCAGAUGUGAAAAAUCUGAUGUGGAAAAACAGCUGUGGAAAAUCUGAUAUGAAAAGGAUGUAGGUCAUUUGGCAAACCAACUGAUACAACUUUUUCAGAUUUUGGCCCACAGCGGAAUCAGAUUUUGGAAAGCACGUCCUGGCCUGCUUCCGCUUUUGGUUCAGAUUUUGACAGCGGAUUUUUGGGAUCGGAUUCUGCUGGGUUCGCCCUUUGGUUCAGAUUCUGCUGCGCGGUAGCGGAAUCCGUCGAUAAAAGCUGAACCAAACAGGGCCUUUAUCCCUACACGAAUUUCUACACUGCAGGUAGGAGAAUUGCUGGUGGAGAUGGUGGAGCUGAAAAUGCAAACACAUGAGAUCUGCUAAUGUGCCUAAUGUGCUAUGUUGGUUGAACAGGAAUAAAUUGAGAGAGGGUGAGCUACCUCUUACUGCAACAGAUGUUGUGCAGAGAACAAAGUGUUGUGUCCUUGAAUAUCAACAGAUUUACCUUGCACCACCGAAGAAGAUUCCCAUGGAUGCAUGGAGGCCGCCGGAGGGGGACACGAUAAAGAUCAAUUUGGAUGGGUCACUCAUUCCUGGCGAGGAAUAUGCGGGCUGGGGGCUGGUAGCGCGGACGGCUGAAGGUCAAAUUGUUGCUGCUCGUGCGGGCUGUCAGGACAAUGUGCGAGAUGUUUUUGCAGCUGAGGCAAUUGCCUUGUCCCAGGCCGUUUAUCUUGCGGCUGACCUGGGAAUGGUACGAGUCAGACGCUUCGGCUUAUGCGGCGGUUAUUGAGGACACGAAAUUUCAGUUGAAAAUGUGGUUCUCCUCUCAUGUAAUAUCUGUGUGUCGCCGCUCGGCAAAUUGUGUAGCCCAUGAACUUGCUAGUCUGGGCCGUUUAUGUGUGUCGCACCACUGUAUGCAGUGGGACUCAGAUGUACCAGCCGUCGUGGCUGAUCGUGCUUUGGCUGAUAUUGGCCAGCACUGUUAAGUUAAAGCUAUUGCUUGCCUAAAAAAAACAUCUUCCCUCCCAAAGCUUUGUUGUU